GCGGUGAAGAAGAGGAAAGAGGAAAGGWGGAGUAAUAAUAGUAGAGAUGAUAAAGUAAGCUCCCCCGGUUCCCCUCUAAAGUUCUAGCACGUGUUUUUCGGACCGGGACCCGGAGAGAGGCGUAACACUCGGCCUGUUCUCGAAGCUUCUACUGAGUCAUCAUGAACGCCGAUGAGGCCAGGCUGAAGCUGCGGGAGCUGCUGGGCCAGGUGAAUCCCUCUGAGCUCCCAAAGUUACUGGACUGGAUGAAAAACUCAGAGCAGCCUCCCCCCCACGAUUCCCCAAUGCAGCAGCGGCAGCGGCCCACGGUUCAUGUGGACAGCUUUCUGUACAGUGAGGACCAGGUGGACGYUCUGUGUGAGGAGGGCGCCAUGAGCAGGAACUACUGUCUCAGYUGUGGAUCCUUCAGGACUGCCCCCCUCGAUUUCAUCUCACACUCGUUCUCAGUGUCAGAACUUCAGUUCCUGUUCCAGAAUGUUCUGCCGGACCUCAGUGGUCGGACUGUGGUGGAUGUUGGUUCCCGACUGGGAGCAGUUCUUUAUGGGGUCAGAGUUGGUCUUAACCUUAGUGAAACCCACACAUAUCCAGAAACUAAGGGGUGUAAUGAAAUUGGAAUAUGUAUCGCAUGUUACUAUCUAUUGACUUCUGUUUAUUGCAACCUAUCUCCAUCUCUAUAUAUCACUUCUCACAUCCUUCAGGUGCCACUACCACCAGGCUGGGUGGAGGAGCUUCCUGUAGASUGCAACGUCUACCUGGGCCGAGAUGUAGACCCUGAGGAGCUCAGACAGAUUCAUCUGUACCGGGUCGUCUGACGCUGGCAGCUCCACCAGGAUGAGGUCAGGUGACUGCGGACAGAAACGRCCMUACAGAGUCAUGUGACUGCAAACGGAGCUCCUUGGAAUGGAAAGUAUGACUAYGAACAGAUCCAGCUGGACGAGGUCAUGUGACUGGAGACAAAGUGACCUGUAGUGGAUCARGUGACUGCAGAAUGAAACAGCUGUUCUCAAUCAUCCAAGCACAUUUCUCCACCUGUCAGGAGGUGGUGCAGCUCUGUGAUGCAGGUGGUUCCAGAUCUUACUGGAAGUGGUUUGAAAAGGUGGGAAAUUAUGCUGGACUGGAUAUGUUUUAACAAAAGUCUUCAUUUGCACUCAGAGUUCAGACUUUCUGAAGUCCAGGAUCAACUUAAGUCCGAAUGUGAACUUCGAAUGUCUGAAUGUGAGCUCUAACUCAGAGGUUCUUUACCGCCCGCCGUCACGCCAAACGUGAUGGCGGGCCGUAGCUUGGGGACCACUGCCUUAAUCCAUCAUUGAGAAUAUUUUUUUAUGUUUAUUGUUAUCUUUCUAAGUUUCUGUUAUGUAAAAUUUGAUACAUUGCAAAAUAUAAAAGAUACCAGCAUUG